AUGGGGACUAAGCUCCUAAUCCUCUCUGCCUCUGCCACUCUUCUCUUCUCCGUCUUGCUGCUCCCCCCCUCGGACACCGCAUGUACUUCUGCUGUCACCGAUGCUGCGUUGCCAUUUUUCUUUUAUCUUCAUGUUCUUAUUAAGAUUCUGGGUUCUCGUCAGGGUGGCCCCUGCGGCAGUCUCAUGAGCCGGAUUUGCUGGUGUGGAAUGGGACAAUCUACACGAGCGACUCGUCUCUUCCUUUCGCUGAAGCGAUGACCGUGCGUGGCGGCAGGAUCCUUGGGGUUGGGAACUACUCCUCCCUGAAGGUCAGUGAUCCGACGCUUUCCCCCUUUGCUCGGGAGUAUUACAUGCUCGGGUCAACUACUCUAAAAAAUUUUGUUCUCAAUUCAACAUGCUGUCGCCACACCGCCACGGAAAAGAGAGAUUGUAACUCGCUAACUAGGGGAAGAUAUUUCACUGGAGUUGAUUACGUUGUCCACAGUCAUUAAACAAAACAGUAAUAAUCGUUGUUUGAAAUGGCUCUUAGUGAAGAGCUCAUUCAGAAAUUCCUGCUAAAAGCAUAUGUGGUGGCGCCAUUUCUCUUUAACUCAUGUUUUUGGCACUGCCAUGAGACACCACAUGCGCACAAACAUAAUCAUAUAGGAGGAUAUGAUUUGUGAUAGUUACCUUGGGUUAUCUCGGCCUCACUUAGACGGAUAAAAUAAAUUUUCCUUGCUGGAAACAUGAUCAGCCUUGAAACUGGAUCCAGUGUUACUAGUCAACCUGACAUGGUUCCUCCUCAGGAGUCGGUUGAAGCUUUUGGCUUCCUCAUCCUCUCAAUCGCUCUCUCCUUGCCAACUUUGUCAUAUCCGCCUCCUCAGACCACUUGGGCUGUAAAUAACCACCCAGCCACUCCCACACUUGCCAACGCACUCUGUUGAAGCGCUUAACUAACCUAUUCCUCCCUCAUUAUCACGGUUUCUCGACGUCAUCAUGCUGCCAAUGGCUGAAACCUUUGACCCACCCUCUCUUUUAUUCUCUUGUAGUUGCCCUUUGUCCUCAUACUCAAUUGUCAAAAUACAACCUCAAUGACAUCUGGCUGUUGUUGGAGAACAUGGGGCAGCUGAGGGCUACCUGGCUAAAGUACUGCUUACAUCAUUCUGCUAGUUUAUCCCUUACUUUGUCCUUGAAACUAUAGAUAUGAAGGGUAAGGAUCAUUCUGAUAGUUUAUCCGUCUUCUUAUCCUUGAGCUUGUGGAUAUGAAGGGUAGAGGGGUAUUGUAAGCCCUCCCCUAUGCUUGAUCCUUCUGAUCAUAUAGUAAUCAGCCAAUUCAGGGUGUUUUGAAUUUCAUUCACAUUAUUGAUUCUCCGACUUAAUGAUGGGAUUUCACCUAUGUCCUAAGAAAUGAACCAUUUUUCAACUAGAACUAUGACCCUGGAGCGUACCAUAUGGCUUCUGAUCUUGACACUUUUGAUGGAUAAAUCGUCAAAUGCAUGCACAGUUCAUCCACCAUCUUGGCAAACGUGAUAUUUCGUCAAUGGUAGCAAUCUGAGAUAUACGGGUGGUUAUUGUUUUCCUCAUUUUCAAAGGGAGAAUUCACUCGUUAUGUGUAUCCAAUUACGCCACCUUUUUGGGUAAGUUUGAAUCAUCUAUGUAUCGGAUAAAACAUUUUAUCUUGAUUUAUCAUGGAUUUUCUGAGGGCCUAAGCUUGUCACAAAACUGGCUUGUCACAAGACAUCCUUCAUCCUGAUUGAGCGUGUGUGAAUUGUAACCAGUAUGUAAAUGUUAUAUUUUAUCUGAUACUUCUAUGUUGUGCAGGAUUUUGUAGGUUCAGGUACUCGUGAAUUAAAUCUCUAUGGGAAGGUUGUACUACCAGGGUUUAUUGAUUCGCACGUGCACUUCAUAUAUGGAGGCUUGCAGGUCAUAGGCACAGUGUUUCCUUCUCUCAAAAUGCGCUUUAUUCUGAUUUUGAAGCAUUCUUUUAAAGUUUGCGAUAAAUUAUGUUAACAUUGAAAUGAAGUUUAGUGGAAAUAGAUUCAGUCUUAUGAGGCUUGUUUUUCUCAUCUUGCUAAUCAAGAUAUAAAUUCCUUUAGUGGUUCAAAAAUAAUUUCUCGAUUUCUAAUGUUUUUUGAGUGAUAAUCUCUUCCCCUCUCCAGCCUGCAUAGAUGGAGGAUUUAUGCAAAAAGUAAAAAGCUCGGAUAUCUAUGAUUGGCAAUAAUUCUUCUCUUAGCACUUAAUUGUGGAGCCAAUAGCUAAUGAGAGAUUUUCCUUUCCAGAAUCUCCCAGCACAAUAUAAGCUAUUUUUUGACAAUAACUAAAAGACUAUCUUCAUACUUCAGUGGUAAGGACUAUGUCAGUGGCUAAAACCAGAUAUUCAUAUUCAAAAUGAAUUUUCUGAUCACUGGAAACUGGUUCGUUAUUUUCAGCAUAUUAUUGAAUUUUGCUAACUAUAGGAUACUGGCCCUAAAUUUUCUGCAAAAUUUAUACUAAAAUAAAAAUUUUACUUCCAUACUAAUAAACUUAACUAGUAUAGAAACGAUUUGAAGUCUUAUGAAUUAAAUGUUUGGGUAAUAUGAUUUUUCUCCUAUCAUCAGUGGGCCAAAGUAUUUUUCGACAGUACACUUUAGAUUGCUGCUUUUUGCCCAAAAGAAUUCACCUUAAAAUGGAAGAUAAGCUUUGUAGCAUGGAGGCAUGGAAAGAUUCUCACUGCAUGUUAAUAGAAGUUCUGGUUCAAUAAAGAAAAUCACCUCUGUAAUUAAGAUCACAGGGUUACAGCUUGAAAGGCAUGUAACAAUCACUUAGCAUGUUCAAAUAACAAAUCUAGAUUGCCAAGGUAGUAGUAUUGGCCCUCCAUUCAUUAUGUAAGUGAUUGCCAAUCUAGAUUUCAGUAUAUAAGGAGUUUGCUCAGCACUGACUAGUUGAUAGGAGUCAGUUGAUGAAGGCAGGAAGAGACAUAUUUUAACCGAAAAAUAACAUGUGGAAUCGACAUAGACAUGUUAGGCUGUUCAAUCUGGUGAAAGCAGAAAUUUAAAUAUAUGCCAAAUUUCCCUGCCUAACUUUAGCUAAUUAGUUGUUGAACAGAGUUUUAGGUGAUUUCCUUGUGUGAUGAAGCAUCUACUAUAUUUUUAUUUGGUUAAUAGUUUAAUAUAAUGUAAAUUUAGGGUGGUUUUGCAAAACAAUAAACACUUCUGCAUGUAGUAUUGUGAAAGUUAGUAUCGUUGCACUGUAGUAAAGGUCCAAAAGGAUGUCGAUUGUAUUAUUAGGAUAUCUAUGAUGAAUUGCUUCGGACGAGACAUGGUUCUCUUUUAAUUUUUGAAGUACCUACGCAUAUGUUGUCAAAUGAAGUUUCUUAAACAUAAUGUGCACUCUAGUCACUUUUAUUUUCUUAAUGUGAUCACGUUUUCCGGUUUUACCGAUAAUUUUUUGAAGUACAGGAUAUAUUUGGAAUGCAGAAUUAAUGAUAAGGUUUUCACUAUAUUUUCAAAAUAAGGAAUCUAUCUGAUUUUUUGUGGUUUAUAUCUUUCAUUCAAAAUGGUAAUGCUGAAUUUCAACAUUAAUGCAUUUCUUGAUGACGAUCAGAUGUCAAGGGUAGACCUUUCUGAAACGACGAGUGUAGAUGGUUUUGUGGCGAAGGUCAAAGAUGCUGUGAAAGGUUCACGUCUUAUUAUUUCGGUCCUUCACUUCUAUCCCUGUACACAAAACUGUCUUGAUAUCAUCAUUGGCAUGAACAUGUCCCCAAAUCUGGGAUUAUGUACCCUAAUGAAGAUACAAUGGCUCCUCGAAGUGGUAUGAUCAAAAGCCUCCGUGAGAUCAACACUCCCAGGUUGUUCUUUGGAUAGUAGAUGGUAAAUUAGACAUCUAGUGAAACAAGUUGGUAGGAAAAAGUUUAUUAUUUACUGGUUGAACAAUUUUACAUUACCUGACUUGGAAGCAAUUCGCUGGAGUUGUUGUGGACUUUGCAAAAAUAGUCUACACAAACAUGUCUUUUUUAAUGGUUGUGGAAAUCAUGAAUGAAUGGAGUAAUUCUAGAGUAAAAGUUCAUUAGAUAAAAAUAUGAAAAACUUGGAGGAAUAUGGGAGUCUACAAGUAUCAUAAGCGGCAAUAUUUCCAUAGCGUGAAGAAAUAUUUUUCAAGGUUAAGGUUUAGUCCCGGUUCGUAUUGAAAGUAUUGUGGUAAUGGUGAAAUAAUUAUAUUAUGGAAGGUUAAAGGAUGCAUGAAAUUCAAAUAACUGCAGUUGCCUUUGUUGAACACGUCAGGGACAUCUUUAUCUGAUGUUGAGUGAGAAAUUUUGGUGGUUAGGUGGGAAGAUAUUCCUCGGUUUGAGACAGUUGGAAACUUAGCUUUUUUUCUUCUGUUUUUCAUAUGGAAACGGUUUAGACGACAUUUUACAUGCAUUUGGACAUCUCUUUUAGUUUUUUUUAACCUAAAUGAAUUCGUAGUACCAUUCACUGACAGAAAAAAAUAAAGAAUAAAAGCUAUCAGCAUGAUGACUCUUUCUGCGAAGUUAUAUGAAAUAACGCUAAAAAAAUGUAAAACAAAUGGGAAAUAUUUAGAGAACUAACUUAGCUUAUGACAACAAGAUUAGGUAUUUAAUCUACUUGCCUAUGUAGGCAAUUAAUGGACAAAGGCUUUGUAGGGGAGUCUACAGAGGUUUCUAUGAAUCUGGAGAAAUAUUUAUAAUAUAACGGUUUGAACUUGUAUUGGGGUUACAAACAGUUGUAUCUCAACGAACAAUGGCUAAUAUGAGUAAUUUUUACAGCAUUAUGGAUAAUUCUCAGUUAAGGUUUAUCUGCAUCAAUGACCAGGAUUAAGUCCAUGCUUUCUUAUCCUUGUUAUGAGUGGGUCGAUUGUGCAAAACUGCUUUGAUGUAGGUUACUUCAUGAUUUUUUUAUUUUAUUUUAUUAUUACUAUUAUUAUUUUUUGGCGCUAGAGAAGGGCUUACUUCAUGAUAUGUUGUAAUUUAAAGUUGAAAAAUUAAGUUAAAGAAAAAACGCCUUAGAUGUGACUUUUUGAAGGGUUAAGGAAAUCACCAAGUUAUCAAAUGAUUAGGACGAAUAUGGAAAAUGGGAGUGGACAACCGAAGAAGCCAUAUUCUCAGGAUGAGAGUAGAUUAAAUGAGGAUCUUUUGAUGGAUAUGUGGGAAGGGAACAAACCAUAAAUAAAUAACUCUAUUAGAGAGCUGUAGGGGUAGUAACAGCCAAUAGUCUAUCUCUGAAAACUUAGUUUCUGGAUGAGUUGUGGAAGAGGUCGUAAAGACUAGUUAUAGUAUCUGUGACGAAACACUUAUAAGAAUGCUCUAAAAAGCGGGCUGGAAGUUUGAAAAUGACCAGAAUAGAGACUGUAAAAACAAGUUACUAUGCAUGCUAAAUGUAAACACGGUCUGUGGUGCAUUGAAAUGGUAGAUUAGAAUGUAUGUUUCCAACACCAAUAAUUUUCUAUCUGGUAGAUGAUGAUUACAUCCCCCCGUUCUCUCUCUCUCUCUCUCUCUGUUUUUUUUGUCCUUUUUUUUCCCCUUAUUUUACUCCGCCAACAUAUUCCCUUGUCAGGCUUUUAAUUGUUACACUUUUAGUUUUCAAUCAUUCAUUUGAUUAAUGUCUAUCAAAACACCCCUACCUCUAAUAGCAUCCGUUUUUUGGGGAAUUCUCAGCACAUGUUGUAUAUGAAAAACAUGAUCAAUUACCUUAUGUUGUUUUCCUUUUAGAAAUUUUCUAUUAAAUAAACUGUGCUUUUAACGUAUCAUUAAAUAAUUGGUUGACAGAUAAGCGAGAAGGUGAUUGGUUAUUAGGUGGAGGAUGGAACAAUGAUCUCUGGGGUGGAGACUUGCCUGUUGCUUCCUGGAUUGAUGAAGUUACCCGCCAAAAUCCCGUAUGAAUACAAAUCUGGUUGACCAUACCAGCCUCAAAUCCCUUACGCGACUUCCUUUUGCUUAUCAUUAAUUUCUAUGUAUAGGUUUGGUUAUCCAGGAAAGAUGGUCAUAUGGGACUAGCAAACUCACUGGCUCUGAGAAUUGCCGGAAUAACAAAUAGAUCCGAGGAUCCUGUUGGUGGAACCGUGGUGAAAAACAAUGGCGGAGGUAAUUCCUGUUUGGUUUGGUAUCUCAUCUUCACAUUUGUUUCAUUCGUGAAUAGCUUGUUUUUCGUGCUUGAAAAUUACGUGUCCGUUAAAUGCAUUGAUAUGGUGAUUUUAGAGACUUGUGUGGAUAUCUCCAUUUUUCCUAUUUCUCCCGUUACACUUGCAUAUUCUCCUUCCUGAAAUCAUUAUGUUGAUUAUGUCUUGUGUUGUGACUCUCUGGAAUGGUCAUGGAGUUUUUUUUUGUUUAUUGGAUAGUUUAUCAAUUGUCUGCCCUUGGUAUAUAGCAUUUCCAUACUUCUUGUUAUAGGGUGAAGUCUUAUCUUCCACACUAAGCAGAUGCUGAAGAUUCUCCAAACAUGAAGCUGUGGUGAAAUGUCUUGUAGUCUUGCUCUUAGGUUUUUAAUCAAGUUAUUGAAAGUUUCUUCUUAUUUUCAAAUGAAUCAGCAUAAACUGCUUGAAUUACUAUUUCUGGAAGAAUAAGUAUAUUGAUGAAACGCCUCCAGUCCUUUUGACGUGUCCAGUCUUCAAAGUCCUCCAUACGAAUUUAGAAACUAAAAAAAAUAAAAAAAUCAGGCAUGAGAUUCAGGAUGAACUUCUUUUGCCAGAUGAGAAUCUCUUGUCAGAGUACUAUUUCAAACGAACUUCAUUAUACUGAAACUAAUACUGUUGAUUCAAGGACUGCUUGUGAAACUAUUGACAUUCAAAUAGACCAGCACACUGCCUGUGAAACUUCCUCCAGAAUUUGCCCUCUUGUUCCUUUGGAUAUUUUCUUCUGAUAUUAACAUGCAUUUUGACUUCUUCCUCGUCAUGUAGAAUCGAAGACAGUAUGUAAGGCAUUCCAUGUCAACUGAAAGUAUUAUUCUCACAUUUCACCACUGCAUUUAUAUUUUCUAGGACUCUGGGGUUGUAAUAUACACUAUAGUACAUGUUUAUUCCGUCACAUAGUUUACUAACUCUACAUUUCAUCCAACAUCUUUAUAGAUGAAUGAUGAUUUGAAUAUAUUUUAUCGUGCUAGUUGUCUUUGUGUUUGUUACGUAGACACCAUUUCAAUGCCAUUAGUGCUACCAUGACUUAUCCUUCUAUUUCUAACUGCUUCAAGACAUUCUCUUCCUUUAAAACCCAACUUUAUCUCUCAGGUUUUGUGCAUAAUUUUGCUUCUUCAGUCCGUUGUAAACAGCUUAUACUUUUGGCUCGCCCUGUUGUUUUAGUCGUGAAGAAGCCAGCAUAUUAGUGUUCUGAUGCGUUAGUCUUAACUCCAGAUCCAACAGGGCUUCUCAUAGAUGCUGCCAUGAAAUUUCUUCUUCCUUUCAUUCCUGAAGUAUCUCUUCAUGAAAGGAGGGAGGCAUUCAGAAGAGCCAGUGGAUAUGCGCUAAAGAAGGGCGUAACAACUGUCAUUGACGUUGGAAGAUUUUUUCCUGGUGCAUCAGUGGAUUCCAUUUGGGAAGACUUGUCAGGUCACUGAUUAUUUUUUAUAGAUUAAUUUUUUUGACACCGAUUGCUGAUUGUAAAUAACGGUCUUUAUUUAAUGAGUACUUGUUAUCUAUUCCUGGAAACAUAUCCAUUUACUCUACAGAUGUAUAUCAGUGGGCCGAUUCAUCUGAAGAAAUGCUGAUCAGAGUUUGCCUCUUUUUCCCAAUGCAGACAUGGUCUCGUUUGGCUGUACGUACCUUAUUGCUACAAUGAUUUCUUUUUCGGAAAUUUCGUUGUAAAUGACAUAAUGGGAGGUGCUCCUUUACCAGAGGACUGGAGAAAUAUGUAUUCCACUUGAUGUCAUAACGAAAAAUGCCUCCUGGUCUUUCUAUAUCUCUUCUUGCUUCAUCAUUUAUACUUUGAUUAACUAGUGAAGACACAUCCAAUUCCACUAAUAACAGGUUGCAAUUAAAAGGAAAUUCCUACAAGUGAUAUUUUGCUAAAAGAGGGAAAUGAAAGCAACGGAAAUCGACGUCAAUAUGGUUUAUUUCUUCACACAAUGUGGAUGUUAAUUGAAAUGCUUAAUUGAUUUCGAUUUUAUCAAAACAAUAGUUUUUCUAUCUUUCCAAGUUAUUUUAAGGAGUCUUCCAGCACUUAGAUCUGUCUUCUGGUCGUUUGAUUUCCUUAUUUCUAAUGCCCAGGAUUGAAUCCAAUUUAGGAGACUGGAAGGGACUUUUACUAUGUUUUUUCUUCUUGUGGAUGGGCGGUACAGUAGGAAACCCAGUCAGCUUUAGGGAACUCAUACUAGGUUGAGUCCAACUCAUAACCAUUCAAGUAGCUUGUGCAGUACGUGACAAAUCAUUACGGUCGAUGCAGUCUACCUAUAUAUCACCCCUCAUUCCUUCAUUCACCUCACCAUCCGUUGGUGAAGAAAAUCUAUAUAUGGUGUUACUUGUUCCCACCUCAGUAUGACUGAGCGCCACUGGGUUCUAUAUGUGCACAGAAUUCAAAAAAGAGCUGUAUGUUUUUAAUAUAUGUAUCUUAUAGACUAUUAUAAUAGCAAUGAAUAUACAAAGGGUAGUGGAGUAUUGGUCAAGUGUCAUCUCCUACCUCUUAUACUAGUUGCAGCUUUUUACAAAUCCUUUUGAAAGUUCUUGAUUCUUCCUUUAUCAAAUCAUUUUCAUGACAUAAGUAUCUGGUAUCAUUUUUUUCAUGAUUCACAGCCAUUUUUUUCAGUUAGAAUAUCCAAAGAAAUAACUGUAGGUAUUAGUUGUUCAGGGAGACUGGAACAUUAGAAUCCUUCAUAAAUCAUAUCCUUCCCCAAUGAAUGGGCCUGUGCUCUUAGAUGAAACAUGUAAUCAGAUAUUACUGCGAGACUCCCUCACUCGUCACCUGUUGAUCUUGAGAACAUUGGAAGAGAUGGUAUUUUCACAUGGUCUGGUGUUUCUUGCCUUGGGAUAUUUUUCAUCUCGAAAACUAGUGAUCUUACUCACCUUCUUUGCUUCCUUAUGUCAAUCUCGUCAUUAUCUUGAUCACAAUUCCCAUGGCAAUCUGGUGCCCAAGCAACCCCAUCAUAAUCUCCUUUCUAAUAGCACUUUGAUAUUUGAUAGGUUUCAAGUCUCCUCUUUGAGAAUACAUAAAAUCAUGUUGUCAGGAGAUUCAUUUCUCUUAAUAUUGGGACAAGGAGAUUGCCAUAUUAACCACGUAAACACCAUACAGAGAUCACUAGAAAGCAAACAUCACAUAAAAAAAGAGACAUUCGAUUGCAAAUUCCCUGUGAUAAAUAUGUUUCUCUCUGUUGAAGUUUAUUGGGAAAAAGUAAUUUUACCCUGUAUUUAAAGAAGCUUUUCAAAGAAUAUGUUCGACAUUCAAACACUGUGGUCAUUCCAUUUUCUUUUUGCGUCAUAGAACCUCGUCCGGGAAAGAGGUAGAAGCAUAAGCCAGUGGAUUCAUCUCGGUGGUGUCAAAGCUUUUGCUGAUGGUUCGUUGGGUUCCAACAGUGCACUCUUUUAUCAGGUAAUUUUCGGCGUAUCAUACUUGGCUGCAUUUGUAGCUUUGUCAUAUUCCGUUAAUUCUGAACAUGAUGAUCCAAAUGGAUCAGACAGUUGCAUAGGCAGGGAUUAUAUAUUCUGGAUUUGGGUAGGAAAGCAUGAUUCAGCUGAAUUCGGUGUGACUCAUUCACAUUGUUUCUCAGAUUGGAGCAUUCACAUUAGAAGCCUGCUAAACCUAGCACGUUUGGUCAGAUCUGGCAGAUAAUCCCCGGUGAAUUGACCAUUUUGAGGCUGAUUUAGGCCAUAAAUUGCCUGAUUACUGUAAAAGAGGGUUCAUAACACUUAACAUGCUUAACUUUUUUCAAUGGCUGCAAGAUUUACCGUCAUUUGAUCCAGGAUUUUAGAGCCUAGGCUGUACAGUCUAUUGUACAAAUUAUGAAAUUUGUUUUACUUUUUAUAUACUGUGUAACUGUAUUUUAUUCAGUUGAAUCGAAUGUGCUGUAGAUUCGGAUUUUUCUUCUGUAGAUUCGCCAAGGUUUAUAUUAUUCCAUGCAAAUUGAGGAGAAUGACAACGUGACGUUUCUUGAUUGAUCAACGUUUUGUCCUUGCCUCAGGUUUCUGAUGGCCAUAUGCCACCUACAUCAAAGCGAAUGCUUCAGAACUGCUUCUGUACAUGUGUUAUAGAACUAUAUUAACGAGUUUAUUAGUGACAUAAAUUAAAUUCUUAGUGUAUGCCUCCCUAUUUGACAUUAACUGUCAUUAGUUAAAUGAAAUGACGAAAAUUGCUAUGGUUAUGAGAUGUUUUCUAUGCACGUUCUAUUGUCAUGGUUUAGGAUACGUCUUUGAUGGUUGGAUUGGGUCAAGGUUAUGCUCAACUUUGCUUGGAUAGUGAGAUACGGCCAGUUGAGGAUCUUGUUGAUGAUUGUUGUUUAGAUGGGUGUAUAGUCGUUUCUCUUUCUUUCUUGGACAUUGUAGUAAGGAAAAUAUUAGGGUUACAUUCAUAGUCCCGUCCUUGUCUAUUCAUAUAUAGCAAGAGAGGAGCGUAACCAUUCUGGCCUAAGUUCUAGAAUGGGACAGCUGAAUAUUCUAAACGACUCUUUGACUUUGAUCAUAUCGACAUUGACUUUAGUUAUACCAUAUUAAAGCGCCCAUGUUCUAAAUGAUUCACUUAACACACAGUGAGAAUGAACCUAAUGAGUUCAUAUUCUGAUAGACCCUCUAACAGACAAUUAUGAAUGACAGUUGAUAAUAAAUUCAGUGGCAUAAUUUUGAGUUUGUAUCCUUUAGAUACUUAUGUCAUAAUUUUGUGUAUAGAGCCAUGUCUGUUUCGUGGGCUAACUGUCUCUUUAGCCAACCUGACCAAAUGGAGUAUGCCUGUAGUGUGGGGAUGUCAACGCUGUUCUCUCAUCUUCUAACCUACAACCCAAUCCAACUUCUCAACAAACGAGAACAAAAUAGGAGAAUAUUGUUAACUUGCUAAACACGGAAAUGAAAGCAGGUCUCUGUAAGUUCUCGACCAGGGAAUGACAGCUGUGCCCUAUUGUCAUUAAGUUAUCAAGUCAUUUGUAGUAUCACUCUUCAUAAUUCGUUCCAAUAAAUUUCCUAUAAUGAAUUUAAGCUUAUGCAUUCAUUAUAUAUUUAAUUGAUGAAGUGAUAAUUUGUCCAGCCUUAUGUCGAUGAACCACACAAUUAUGGUCUGCAAGUGGUGGACUUUGGUACACUUCUUAACAUGACUUUACCAUCAGACAAAUCUGGACUUCAGGUACUUCUUUUUCCGAAUAUAUAUUUAUGGUGCUCCUUAUUCAUGUCGUGCUCUUGUACCCACUGUCUGUAUGAUUGAUUCUCAAGGUGCAAAGCAAUUUUUAUGAGAACUGAUGCCUAUUCUACGUCGAAAAUAAGUUUCUGGAGAUAAAACCUUUCUCAGUUUGCCUUGUAUCAUUUUCCAACAUUAUCCACACAGGUGGCUAUCCAUGCUAUAGGUGAUAAAGCAAAUGACGGGGUGCUAGAGAUGUUUAACACAGUGGGAAAUCAAAAUGGAAUGAGAGACCGAAGGUUCAGGGUAAGUGAUCUAAAAUCGGGCGGUUAAUCAAAGCUGAUGACAUCUCUAUGUAUGCUUAUUCUGACGAGGUGAUUCUGACCAGAUUGAACAUGCUCAGCAUUUGGCAGCGGGAUCUGCUGCACGUUUUGGUCAACUGAGGGUCAUUGCCUCAGUGCAGGUGCACUUGUUGAUUCUUAUUCGUACAACGUGGUUAGAUGACUCUUAUAUAACGAAGCUAAGGAAUUUAACAUUGUCAAAUAUUGAUGUAAAACAAUCAUGCUAUUAGUCUUUUUAUUCUACCUUUCAAAAAUAUGAAAGCAAAAAAUAUGUCAUUGCUCAAAAAAAAAUCAUAAUUAUGAUAUUCCUUUUGGGAAAGAAAACUAAUAUAAAAAUAUGAUCAAUGAUUAAUCUGGAUGGUAUUUCAAGGAAUUUUUUUUCAUUUUAGAAACCUCUAAUGAGGAUUACUCAGCUUUGAGGCCCUUAAAGUAGUUGAUACAAUAAGAAUGAGGGUGAUAAGAAAGAUGAUUGAAUCUUGCUUCAUCGACGGCCUUCUCAGAUGAAGCAAAAUAUGGUGAUGACGAUCUUCAAAACAAGGGGACUGCCAAGAGUACCCAUUCACUGGGAAUACUAGUACCUGGGUUGUUUCUCACCCUCUCUCUCCCACAGAAACGACCACGCAAGUCUAAUGUUGUAUUUUAUUCUAUUCCUAAAGAAUCAUUUUUUAAUCACAGAAAAGAUUAUGUUUCUGGAAAAUAAUGCAAUUAUCUUAUCUAACGAAUUGUGAUCUAAAUUGAGUAUAUCUUCAAUCUACGCCAUCUGUUUUUAACCCUUCUGUGAAGUCUCUGUGAGCCGCUGAUUAUUUGUAAAAGAUUUAUGCCCUCCUGAACUUUAAUCUGAGGAUCUUUCCAUCUUUCUAUAAAAUGUUUUACAGCCGGAACAUUUGCUGGAUGAUGCCGCCUCUGCUGAAAAGAAGAUCGGAAUUGAUAGAUCUCAUAAAGGAUCAUAUUUAUUUCAGUCUCUUUUGUCAAGUGGUGCACAGCUAGCAUUCGGUUCUGACUGGCCAGUAAGUGCUUAACUUGUAUUCUAAUUCUUACGAGCCCUUGCAGACUUGCUUGAAAUAAUUUUAUGCUUUCAGUUUGGAGACAUUAACCCUCUUGGAGGCAUCACUGCUGCAACAAAACGCAUACCUCCUGGCUGGAAACAUGCCUGGAUCCCAUCUGAACGUGUUUCCCUGGAAAAUGCUCUUAAAGCGUAAUGAAUUUCAACCACAUCUUACCUUAUUUAUUUCUCAGAAAUUUCAUCAGUUAAGAUAACCUAAGGAUUAUGAAAAAACAUAUACUUACCCGUAAUGGGUAAUUCAAAAUUGUUUCUUCACCACUCCUAGUAAAACCGUCUGCUAUGGAUGGAUGUGUGAGAAAUCCUGAUCUUUGGGACUAGAGACUUCUGUAGUCCUAUGAAGGCUCUGGAGGGAUUACUCAGUUGGUUCUGCAGUCUAGGUGAAUCAAUCAGCUGGGCAUUCCACAGUCCCCGUCUCUUGUCCACAGGGUCUUAGUGAAAGGGAUCCAACCUUGGGAAAACGAAUAGGCAAAAGUUAUGGCUGAACCUUGGGUCAACUUUUCCAAAAGUUAUGGCUGAACCUUGGGUCAACUUUUCUAUCUUUAAGACCUCAUUUGUUCUGGAAAAUCACGAGUAUCUUGGACAAAUCAGUCGAGUGAAAUCGAUUAGGAUUAGAUUGACACCCAGGAUGUUAUAUUCCGAUCGGAAUUGGAAAAUACAGCAGAUUAAAUUCAUAUGUUUAAAGAACCUCGAUUGACUGGUUAGGCCAUGGAAGAAAUCCCUGAAAACCUCAUUUCGCUUCUGGUGCAUUCUUUAAGAGUUUUCCUCAUCCUUAUUCAGUUCAAUGAUUCGUUGCAGAUACACGAUUUCUGCUGCAUAUGCCAGCUUUCUCGAGGGUGAUCUAGGCUCCCUAUCUCCCGGAAAAUUGGCAGAUUUUGUUGUUCUGUCAGCAAGAUCUUGGGAGGAAUUCGCCGAGGCUGUCUCAUCAUCAUCAAUUUUGGCAACGUAUGUUGGCGGUCUUCAGGCAUUUCCACAACAACCCCCGCCGUCUGAGCAGGCACAAUCAUGA